UUAUUUUUAUGUGUAGGAAAGAGAGUUACAUAUAGAAGGUGUAGAGAGAAAGAGAAAGGGAGAAUCAAAAUGGAUAAGAGGUGGUGUAUCUUGUUGGUUUUGGCUAUGGUCGUGGUUACAAGUGCAAGGAAUGUGCCGAGGGAAAGCAUUGGUUUGAACAAACAAAAUUGCACAUUUGCCAGUCAUCAUGUUAAUCAGAGUCAUCCUCCUAGUCAUAGUACUGGAGGCGGAAGCGGAAACGGUGCAGGUGCGGGUGCAGGUGCAGGUUCUGGUGCAGAAGCUGGUGCAGGUGCUGGUGCAGAUGGUUCGGGUUCAGGUGCUGGUGCAGGUGCUGGUGCUGGGGCUGGUGCUGGUGCAGGUGCUGGUGCUGGUGCUGGGGCUGGUGCUGGUGCAGGAGGCCAUUAUGCUUCUAAUUCUGAUGGUGACGGUGGUGAUGAUGAUGCUAAUUCUGGUGGUGGCUGUGUUCCUGUUCUUGGCGGUGGUACAAGUGAGUGUAAGCUUCCUGUUGUUGGCGGUGGUGCAGAUGGCGAUAGUGAUGAUAAUCUUGAUCCUGGUGUUGAUGUUGGUGGUGAAGCAGGAAUAUUUAGGGUUGUUAUUGGUGGAGGUGAGAAUGGAGUUUCAGGUGGUGGAGUCGGUUUUAGUAUUGGUGGUCUUCCUCAACCUUGACAGUGCUAUCUGUCUCUGUCUGUAUGGCAUUUCCACUUCCUACCAUAAUAUAAUAAUAAGUGCAGAAAAGGAUCCAUUGUUUUGUAAUGUAUCUAUAUAUAUUAUGUGUUGUUCCUUCUUACUCAAGGGAUAUCACACGGUAUUUCAUAUUCAUUUGUUGAGCACUAUCAACCAUUAAUCAACUUUAUUUAU